UCUGCCUUCGACACUGACUAGCAGUCCUGACAGUCCUUUUUGGAAUACACGGCAAGGACAAUAACAGAGAUCUCAAACAUCAGCACUGUACGCCGCCAUUCUGGAUUUUUGAGCGCUAUGCCUGGCUAUCCAGACGACAGCUCGAGAGACCGCCGUCGGGACAGGCGGCCUGCCCGCGAUUACGACGAUUACGAUGAUGAUAUCUACCGACCACCUGCUCGAAAGUCGCGCGAUCCGUACGACGAACCAAAGACUAGUAGUCGACGACGAAAAGACACCUACGACGCAAGCGACGAGGACGACUACAUACCCAGACAUAGUCGUCGACACACAGAUGAGCGCCGCUCGCCCAAGGAGAAGGUUUCGGAGGAGCCCGAAAUUCCCCCACCGCCAAUUGGCGAAGACAGAGACGAGUAUGCUAAACCAGAGAAAACUCGCAGGAAGGCUCGAGAGGAUAGAUUGCCUCCAGGAGCGAUUCCUGUGCCAGGUACUGAGGCAGCCAACGGCUAUGGUGACGGCGCGACUCUAGCUCCAGAACCUGACCGGCGUCAUCGGCACGGGAGAAGUCCAUACAAUGGAGGGGCAGAGAAGCCGUCUCGAAAGGGAGGAAGAAGUCCUUAUGACGAUGUUGAUCCAGCUCCAAGGAAGCCCGCCAGAAGUCCGAGAAGUCCACUGGACGAAGAACCAGAAGCUAUUCCCCGCAAAAGUCAUCGUCGUCGGGACGACUUGGAUGACCCAGAGCCACCACGUCGCUCGAAAGGAAGAGAUCGUGACCCAUACGAAGACGAGCUCCCUCGUCGCAAGAAGCCGGUGAAGGAUCCGUACGAUGACCUUCCCCCGCCCAAGAGCUCUCGUCACACCCGUCGACCAGCUCACGGAGAUGACAGCGAUGACUACGAAGCCGCUCCUCGACGGCGACGAGACGAUAGAGAUCGACACCGCUAUGACGAUGGAUACGGCACAGAGAGACCAUCUCGAGCGAAGCGAGACGAUUAUCACGAACGGGGCUACAGGACUGAUGGUCGUGAUGCCAGACGUGAUCGAUAUGGCGAGCGACGAGGAGAUCCUCGCCGGGAUUCCGGGCGGAGGCAUGAUCGAUAUGGAGACGACUACGACGACGAUUACGACCGACCGCGACGAGAUAAGGGCAGACGAGGCAAGAAAAACGGCGCCGAUUUUGACGACAUGCUCGAGAAGGGCAAAAAAGGUUGGGAGAAAGCGGCGCCCAUAGCGAAGCCUAUCUUGACUCAACUUGCCAAUGCGUAUAUCAAUAAUGGCCGAGCACCAGCUCAUUAAAAUGCACAAACAAUACGACAGAGACGGUACAGGAGUGGCCUAUUGGGUGGACAGGACCUCUACACUCCACGGACGGUGUCAAGCGGCGUAUCUAAGAUUGGAAGAAAUGACGGGUUGAUGGUCGACAAAUGAUUUGAAUCGGAGCGCUGCUUUUUCGCAAGAAGUUUGUUUAGCCUGGUUGUCAAUUUGUGGCCAACUUCUGACCAUGGAUGUGAUACUACUGUUGGCUACCUAGCCAAGAGAUUCAGCUCAG